GAGCUGGGUUUCGCGGGGGCGGGCCCUCUGUUGUGAGGUGUGUGCUAAAGCGCUAGUUAGCGGGCAGCUCUUGUGGUGCAAGGCAAGGGACAUGGCGGAGGCUAUGGAAUCGGGCAAGGACCCCAACGGGCCCACCCACUCCUCCACUCUGUUUGUGAGGGAGGACGGCAGCCCCUUGUCGUUCUACGUGCGGCCCAGCCCGGCCAAGCGCCGGCUGUCGACGCUGAUCCUGCAUGGCGGCGGCACCGUGUGCCGGGUGCAGGAGCCCGGGGCCGUGCUGCUGGCCCAGCCCGGGGAGGCGCUGGCCGAGGCCUCGGGAGACUUCAUUUCCACGCAGUACAUCUUGGACUGCGUGGAGCGCAACCAGAGGCUCGAGCUGGAGGCCUACCGGCUGGGCCCCGGCGCAGCGGCCGACCAGGCCCCGGAGUCCAAGGCCGGGGCUUCCGCUGAGGGCGCCGCGGAGCCCGAGCCGCAGCCGCUCACGGGGCGGAUCGCCUUCACAGACGCGGACGACGUGGCUAUCUUGACCUACGUGAAGGAAAACGCCCGCUCGCCCAGCUCGGUCACGGGCAACGCCCUGUGGAAGGCGAUGGAGAAGAGCUCGCUCACGCAGCACUCGUGGCAGUCCCUCAAGGACCGCUACCUGAAGCACCUGCGCGGCCAGGAGCACAAGUACCUGUUGGGGGACGCCCCAGUGAGCCCCUCCUCCCAGAAGCUCAAGCGCAAGGCCGAGCAGGACCCGGAGGCCGCGGAUAGCGGGGAACCACAGAAUAAGAGAACUCCAGACUUACCAGAAGAAGAAUAUGUGAAGGAAGAAAUCAAGGGGAAUGAAGAAGCAGUCAAAAAGAUGCUCGCAGAAGCCACCCGGGAUUUUGGGGAAGUUGUGGUGGAUGAGAGUCCUGAUUUUGAAAUCCAUAUAACGAUGUGUGAUGAUGAUCCCCCUACACCAGAGGAAGACUCAGAAACACAGCCUGAGGAGGAGGAAGAAGAAGAAAAGGUCUCUACACCAGAGGUGGGAGCUGCCAUUAAGGUCAUUCGGCAGUUAAUGGAAAAGUUUAACUUGGAUCUCUCAACUGUAAUACAGGCCUUUCUAAAAAAUAGUGGUGAGCUGGAGGCUACUUCCUACUUUUUAGAGGCUGGUCAGAGAGCUGAUGGAUACCCCAUUUGGUCUCGACAGGAUGACUUGGAUUUGCAAAAAGAUGAUGAAGAUACCAGAAAUGCAUUGGUCAAAAAAUUUGGUGCUCAGAAUGUAGCUCGGAGGAUUGAAUUCCGAAAGAAAUAACAGGCAAUAUAAUGAGAAAAGAAAAUAGGUGGUUCAGAUAAGUCUAUAAAAAAGUUGUGAUCAUUGAACUUCAGAGUUCUUACUAUAAAAUUGACUCUUCUGACCAAUGCUGCUGCUGUUCUGUGAGGCCUGAUUUUGUAGCCAAGCAGAGUUGUGUAGGAAGAUAAAAACAAAAGAAAUUGGAUCUAUUUAGAACUAUCCCUGGCAAGUAUCAAGGAAAAUCUAAAUCAGAGAGGUUGGUCUAUGUAGUAGUAAUCCUUUGCUGGAAUGGAACCUCUGCUGUAUUGGUGAUGAGCCUAUCGACAAAGUUAAAGCAGGAAAAUUAGGCAUACAGAUAUUUUCUUUCGUGCAGCCCAAGUGAAGAGCCUCUUAUCCUUUGGCAGAAGUUUCUAUGGAUUAUGAUAGAUUCCAAAUCAAGAAUCUAGAAUAUGGGGGGCUGGGGUUGUAGCUCAGUGGUAGAGCGCUUGCCUAGCGUGUCUGAGACACUAGGCUCAAUACUCAGCACCACAUAAAAUUAAUAAAUAAAACAAA